UGUAGUUUAUUAAUGCUGGCCUCUCAGUUUAUAAAGCCGCUCUCAUAUUCACGUUUAAUGAGUCAUACCUGCACUGUAACGUCCGAAGUCUGGGCCCAGUAAGCUACACCCUUAUAAACGCUCAUCAUAAACGCACAUGAGCGCAGCCGUCAGGUAGCGUCUACAGCCCCUCCUCUCAGGGGCAGCGCACCUGAGCGGACAGGACGCCACGCCUGGCUCACACUGGAGCCGCGCUCAAUGCCGCGGCACAGAGACGACGGGAAAUAAACGCGUCGUGGGGACCGACUUCUCUUUAUGGGACAUGGAGCCGGCCUAUCGGGGUCUGGGUCGCUGUGUGUGCUGCUUCUGGCUCGCGGUGGUGUUUGACAUUGUGGGACUGGCCGUGCUCCUCCUCGGCGUGUUUGUCAACGUGUUUUUCUACGACCUGCUCAUCUACGCGGGCGCCAUCGUCAUCUUCCUCAGCCUCAUCUGGUGGGUGUUCUGGUAUUCUGGGAACAUCGAAGUGCCCCCGUCAGAGCUGGAGGAUGAUGUGGGGUUACUGAAAAAGAACAAGGGCGGACUUGGGGGCAUCAGCGGCGCCGUGAGGCGCCUCUCCAGCCGCGUGUCCACCGGCAUCCGAAACUCGUUCCGCAGGAACAGAGAACCGUCCCAUACGGCCCGCAUGCCCAGGUCAGCCUCGGGGCCACCUGUGUCACCGCCGGAGCGGGUGACCGUAGCCAUGGCAACGAUGGGCAAUACCACACAGACUGCUACCUCCUCAAUAGCAGACUGUGGCGUAGAGAUGCCCCACACCGCUACAGAGACAUCACCUGCAUAAUGACGGGUACAGGUGAGGCCUGGCGUACAGAGACUACAGACAUAGAGCCCUAAGCCAUCUUCAGUGACUCCAGCUACUGCAAAGCCUCUUUAUUCUUUGUUUUGAUGAGAAAGUAUUCAUAAAAAUGUGACGUCUGCAUAGUUUUGUUUUGGGUUGUUGAGUCUAACAUGUCUAAAUAGAUUUCUUUUUAAUCAGUAUGUUCAAAUUGUGGCACCCUGAAUCCAGGUAGUUUGACAUUGGUACAGAUAUUGUAGUUCAGGGGUCCAACCAGUCAAAGGGUCUAAUCCAACCCACUGGAUGGCCCUGCAGACUUUGAAAUUUGAAUGAUGAAGUUUUUAUUAUAAUUCACUCCCAUUCAUGGUGUGAUGAUGUCAGGUUUAGUACACAGAGGUAGAAAAAUGUGUUUAAGUUUCCACGUCUCAUCUUCAAAGUUGUUCAUAUAAAAAAAAAGAUUUCUUUUUUUGUGUCCAUGUUAAUAUAUCUUCUGAUCUGUGAAUAAUAAUAUGACAUCCAUCCAUCCGCUUCCAUUUAUUAAUUUAAGUAUAACAGGAGCUCUCAGAGGCAGUGUACACCCUGGAGAGGUUGUCAGUGCGUCACAGGGCUAACACAAAGAGACACACAACCAUUCAGUUUGACAGCCACAGUCAGUCUAGAGUCACAGUUAACCUAACCCAUGCAUGUGUUUGGACUGUGGGAGGAAGCUGUACAAGCACAGGAGAGAAAGGCCCCAGACUGCAUUUGAACCCAGGACUUUAACUAGUGUUAUGCCCUCUAAUGUGACAUAUUAAAUAUAGAUAUAUUUGAAAAAAGUGGUCAGGUUUAAUUGCAGCAAACAAAAAAACCACAUGGUUGGGCUUACAGGAAGAUCAUAGAUUGGGAUAAUAUAGAUAUUAAUAUGCAGAAUGAAUCACUGAUGAUCUGGAGGCUCUCACUCCUGAACAUCUGAGUAGAAAAUAAAGCCUAUGGAUAGACCAGCCAAUCAAUAUCAAGCAGAAGCAGCUCCUGCUGUAAAUUUGUUUGAAUCAGGCUCUUGGUUCAGGUCACUUAUACGGUGACUCUGAAUACAGACAGUGAUCAUGAUUACUGUACAUAUUAUGAGCUAGGAUUUAGCAGUAGCCAGAAUGUUACACUAGUGGAGUGUUUUUCCUGAACAAAACAGGACUGUGG